AUGGGGAAAAGCCCAUGUUGUUCAAAGAUAGGGUUAAAUAAAGGGGCAUGGACAGCCUCAGAAGACAGGAUCCUCAGUGACUACAUUAAGCUUCAUGGUGAAGGCAAAUGGAGGCAGCUUCCCAUCAAAGCAGGUUUACAGAGGUGUGGAAAGAGUUGCAGGCUGCGAUGGUUGAAUUACUUAAAACCAGAUAUCAAGAGGGGAAACAUUUCUUGUGAGGAAGAAGAUCUCAUCAUUAGACUUCAUAAACUCUUGGGUAACAGAUGGUCGCUUAUUGCUAAGAGGCUCCCAGGGCGAACCGACAACGAAAUCAAGAACUACUGGAACAGCACUCUAGCCAAAAAAGUGUGUGAGCUUCAUAACGAUUCUUAUGUUAACAAUAGGAAAGACAAGGAAUGUGUGAAUGAGACCGACCUAACUCAUACAAAAGUGGUUAGACCCAAAGCCGUGAGAUGCUCUAGGACAUAUUUCAGCCCACACCCACCACCCACAACAACCAACGUUGAUGAGAUAGAAGAUCCUGCUAACCCUAAAUCUAUUGAUCAAUUGUCAUUGAUCUAUCAUGAAGAUAAUGACAAUCCAUCAUGUUUCAAUCUUCAUGAUAUAGAUGUGGCGAUGGGGGAGGGGUGUUUGUUAUCAGAUCUAUUUAAUAUAGAUUUCACAAACGAUCAAAUGGUGAAAAGAGAUUAUAUGGUCUCAGGUCCUUCUACAAUGGAUGCAACACAUGUUUCAUCCAAGGAAAUUCUGGAUUUUGCUUCAAUUCCUGAAAUUGAGGGAGAAUGGCUAUCUUUAUUGUGA